AUGGGUGUCUGCAUUCAUGCUUAUCCGUUCACUUUUGCCUACACUGGCCGCAUCAAGCAAAAUCUGUUCCUCACCAGGUCUACUCACAAGAUUUUCAGGAUCAAGCGAUUCCUAGCCAAGAAACAAAACAGAAUUGUCCCAAUUCCCCAAUGGAUUUGGAUGAAAACUCGUAAUAUGGUCAAGUACAACUCCAAGAGAAGACACUGGAGAAGAACCAAGCUGGGUCUGUAA